AUGGGUAAGGUGAAACAAAUUUUUGACAAGGAAGGGGCUGAAGCUAUUCUUAGAGUUCCCUUAGUGGAGGAUGUGGUGGAAGAUAGGUUGAUUUGGCAAGAGGAGAAGAAUGUGGAGUAUAGUGUGAAAUCGGGAUAUAGACAUUGUAAAGGGUUACAUAGUAGCACUCGGUACCAUGGUAUUGAGUAUAGUUGGAAGCACCUUUGGAGUAUUUCCGCGCUAUCAAGAGCUAAGCAUUUGUUAUGGAGGAUUUGUAGGGGCUGCCUCCCAACUCGUUCAAAGCUUCAACAAUAUCAUGUUCAAUGCCCGUCUUUAUGCCCUUGGUGUGAGGUAGAAGAUGAAGAUGAGUGGCAUGUAUUUUUCGGAUGCUUUUCUACUUCUCAAAGUUGGCGGGCAGAUUUGUUGUUUUGCCACGAUGCUAAGUCCCUUAUAUUUGAUGUGUGUAGCCGCGAGGACCGUAGGGAUGCGGGUAGAUUUGUUGUUUUGCUGGAGGUUCUUUGGAGAAGUAGGAACAAUGUGGUUUGGCAAGAUACUCGGGAUGAUGCUAUGAGGAUUGGUUUACAAACCUAUCAUAAUUUGUAUGAUUGGUUCUUAGCUAGAGAUGAGAAUAACUCAGGCGUUGUUAAUAAUAUUCCAACUGUGUGGAGUCCGCCUAUGAAUAAUCAAUUGAAAUGUAAUGUUGAUGCAGGUUUCAAUAAUGUGUGUGGUACUACUAAUAAAUAG